UCAUGUCAGUCAAAUAUGUACCUUUCCUUGAAACACAACCUGCACACAUAGAUGCAAAGACCGUCAAAAAUUCACAUAGUUUCGCGUAGUUUGUCUGCGAUCAGAUUUUAUGCAAUCUGCUCAAAAACACGAUAAAAACAAGUUGUUUCCAUUCAAUAUGUGUUGUGUACAGUCAUUUUUUCGAUUGAAAAUGACACAAAUGUAAAAUAUCCGCCAUCGAUUUUAAUUAAGAACAUUGAAUUGUUUGUUGAUUUUUUUUAUCCAAAACAAAGAAGAAAGAAGAUCUGAAGUGAAUGUGAUCGUGUCGUUGUUGUUUUUUUUUUAUCAUCAUCAUUUUAUUAAUUUUUAUAGACCAGAAAUAUAAAUAUUAACUGGGCGUAGGAAUGACAGUCAUGGCGAAGGUCAUUAGCAGCGCGGAAAUAUGUGAGAAUGCGAAAAUGGCUCGCGAUAUGGCACUAGCCGGAAACUAUGACGGUGCGAGCAUUUAUUAUGAAGCUUUAAUACCAUCACUACAACGAUUUACAGCUAACAUAAAUGAUCCAAUGCGAAAAGGAAAAUGGACGAUGGUUCAACAGCAAAUAAAUAAAGAAUAUCAACAAAUGAAAUCGAUACAAAAGGAGCUAACCGAAAUGACAAUGGAUUUGCACAAUGCACCGCUAUUUCGUCGCCUGCCCACAAAAAGCACAGAUGAAUACAAAGAUCCGGCCGCGUGGUUUCGACCUGAUCCUGAUGUUUGGUCACCACCACCGCACCAUGAUCCAGAUGUAUUUGCACCUCCGAUUGAUCGUCGACCACAACAACAACAACGGCCGAGCGCAAAUCGAAAGACAGAUAAUCGUAAAGGGCCACAGUCAAAAUCAUCGGCAUCGUCAAAGGGUGGUAAAAAAGGCAGCGCAUCAAGUCAACCGAAUACGGGACGAAAGAGGCCCACUGCAAAUGGAAAUACGGAAUCUAGUCAAGCAAAAGAUGAAGAAAACAAGGAGGAAGAGCAAGUCGAAGAAGAAAAGAGAUUCGAAGCAUCAAAUCAUAUGGAUGGUGAUCUUGUGGAUGUUUUAGAGCGUGAUAUUUUACAGAAAAAUCCCAAUAUUAGAUGGGAUGAUAUCGCAGACUUAAGUGAAGCCAAACGACUGUUAGAGGAGGCCGUUGUUCUUCCAAUGUGGAUGCCCGAUUAUUUUAAGGGUAUUCGACGUCCAUGGAAAGGUGUAUUAAUGGUCGGACCUCCCGGAACGGGAAAAACGAUGUUAGCCAAAGCGGUUGCAACCGAAUGUGGCACAACAUUUUUUAAUGUAUCAUCGUCCACAUUGACUUCCAAAUAUCGUGGUGAAUCAGAGAAAAUGGUUCGAUUAUUAUUUGAAAUGGCACGAUUUUAUGCGCCAAGCACUAUAUUUAUCGAUGAAAUUGAUUCAUUGUGUUCGCGGCGUGGUUCAGAAUCAGAACACGAGGCAUCGAGACGCGUUAAAUCUGAACUGCUUGUACAGAUGGAUGGCGUUGGCAGUGAAGAGGCCAACAAAGUUGUGAUGGUGUUGGCAGCAACCAAUUUUCCAUGGGAUAUUGAUGAGGCGUUGAGACGUCGUCUUGAGAAACGUAUUUACAUUCCCUUGCCAACUGAUGAAGGCCGCGAAGCCCUUUUAAAAAUCAAUUUGCGCGAAGUGAAACUGGACCCAAGUGUUGAUUUAAAAAGUAUUUCACGGAAGCUACAAGGUUACUCAGGUGCUGAUAUUACAAAUGUGUGUCGUGAUGCUAGUAUGAUGUCGAUGCGACGUAAAAUUGCCGGUUUAAAACCGGAGCAAAUUCGACAAUUGGCCACCGAAGAAGUUGAUUUACCGGUUUCAACGCAAGAUUUUAGUGAAGCCAUUAGUAAAUGCAACAAAAGUGUCUCAAAACAAGAUUUAGAAAAGUAUGAAAGAUGGAUGCGAGAAUUCGGUUCAUCCUGAUAAAAACCAUUCAACCACAACCUAGAGAGGGAGACACAGAGAUAAUAACCGAAAACAAAAGACAAUUUUAUUCGGAACAAUCUUUAAAAUUUAAUUCUAACAUUGAUUUUUAACGCGUUAAGAAAACGAAUCGUAUAAUGCCUGCGUAAAUGCCUAUUAAUGGUGAACAUACACACACACACAAACAUACAUAAACAUUUUAUAUUAUUAUUUAUCCAAACGGUGAUUAACUUUAUUUUUUUUAAACGUCUGAACAACAUAUUGAAAACAAAAACAUUUGCUCACUAAAUAACCCAAAUAAACAACAACAUUAAAUAUAUCAAUUGUACGAAAUAUCUAUUCUAAUUUAAGCUUUAAAACAAAAUAAUUUCAAUUAAAUCUCCAAAUAUAUACAUAAAAUACUAAAAA